GUGUCAACGAACAAAACAUGUUAUUGGCAAGAAGAUUAAGAUGGAAUUCACUGGAGUUGAUCCUGACUUUUUCACUUUGAACAUAUUGGUUAACUGUUUCUGCCACUUAGGUCAAAUGGCCUUCGCCUUCUCUGUAGUGGGCAAGGUUCUCAAACUGGGUCAUUACCCAACUACCAUAACCUUGAACACUCUCAUGAAAGGUCUCUGUCUUAAGGGUGAGGUCAAAAAUGCUCUGAACUUUCAUGACAACGUGUUGACACAAGGGUUUCGGCUGGAUGAGAUUAGUUAUGGGACUUUGAUCAAUGGGGUGUGUAAAAUAGGAGAAACAAGAGCUGCCAUUAGGUUGUUGAGAAUGAUUGAAGGAAGGUCUAUUAAGCCUAAUUUGAUAAUGUACAGCACAAUCAUUGAUAGUCUAUGCAAAGAUAGUCUUGUUACUGAGGCUUGUGAUUUAUAUUCUGAAAUGGUUGUGAAGGGAAUUUCUCCUGAUGUUGUCACUUACACUAGUUUAAUAUGUGGUUUUUGCACUGUGGGCCAACUAAACAAAGCAAUUGGUUUGUUUAAUGAAAUGGUAUUGAAAAGCAUCGACAUAGAUAUUUAUACCUAUAGUAUAUUGAUUGAUGCUUUAUGUAAAGAAGGAAAGGUAAAAGAAGCUAGAAAUGUGUUUGCUGUGAUGGUGAAAGCAUGUUUGAAACCUGAUGUUAUUGUUUGUAGUACUUUAAUGGAUGGAUAUUUCUUAGUUAAUGAAGUGACCAGUGCAAAACAUGUAUUCUACACUAUGACCCAAAUGGGAGUAACUCCUGAUGUUCACUGCUAUACUAUCAUGAUUCAUGGACUAUGUAAUAUUCACAUGGUGGAUGAUGCUAUGAAUCUUUUUAAAGAAAUGCACCAGAAAAAUAUGGUUCCUGAUACAGUGACUUAUACUUCUCUUAUUGCUGGUUUGUGCAAAUCAGGAAGAAUCUCUUACGUUUGGGAUCUUAUUGGUCAGAUGCAUGAUGUAGGUCAACCUCUUGAUGUAAUCACUUAUAAUACCUUAAUAAAUGCUUUAUGCAAAAAUGGUCAUCUUGACAAAGCAAUUGAAUUCUUCAACAAAAUGAAAAACCAAGGAAUUCAGCCAAAUGUGUACACAUUCACUAUACUUCUUGAUGGACUUUGUAAAGGUGGAAAACUUAAGAAUGCACAAGAGGUUUUUCUAGAUCUUUUGACUAAAGGCUAUUGUUUAAACGCCAAAACAUAUACUGUUAUGAUCAACGGCCUUUGUAAAGAGGGCUUGCUUGAUGAAGCAUUGGCCUUAUGGUCAAAAAUGGAAGACAAUGGUUGCAUUCCAGAUGCUGUAACUUUUGAAAUAAUGAUUCGUGCUUUCUUUGAAGAAGAUGAAAAUGAUAAGGCGGAGAAACUUCUUUAUGAAAUGAUUGCUAGAGGCCUAUUAUAAGAGUAAACUAGGUGAGAUUCUCUCUAGUGAUACAUGCUAUUUUGAAUUUGGUGAGAAUCAUGUAAUAUUUAUUUCUUUCGAUAGUUUCACAUAAUGUGUAACGAGCUUGUGUGGCAUUACUUUUUUAUUAGAAGUCACAGGUUGUAACAUUUAUUUUCAUAUUCUAACAACAGGAAUCAUUGAUUUUUUGUAGUCUUGAUAUAGUUACAUUUUUUCUUCCCAAUAUGCUUAUAUUUUCUUUGAUGUCAUUGCUUCCAAACUAAUUGAAAACCAAAAUGAUCUGUAAGUUCUAAUAUCAUGUCAGAUGUUAACUUAAAACCAAUUGAUAUUAGCAAAGUUGUUCAACAAAUGUAGAAGCCUCAGUCCAAGAAUUCAGACACACGAUAGGAUACUACCCGACAACACCUAACCCAUCUGAUGUGAA